AUGUUCCGGAACCAUUCGAAGAUACUGAUGACGCUGAUCUGUAAAAACAUCCCCGUGCUGGGAAUCAUCGGAUGCAACAACAAUUCCAGCUUGACGCUUUCCGAUUUCUCGUUCGGUGGACUCGGAGAUAAGACCCACAGCACGGAGUUCAGCUGCGGCAAAAGUGACAUCUCCGUAGACUCGAUAACGGAGGGCGAUCGACGGGCACUCGGGGCUGAUAUCCCUGCAUCUAGCACCUACUCGGGCGCCCUGUCCUAUCACUACCCGCAGCAACCGAUCCGUCGCAGUCUGCCCAACAUGGCCCAUUCGAUGUUGGUUCACGAACCAGCCAAAAUCUAUCCCUACCAUUUGCUGUUGAUCACCAACUACCGGCUGCCAUCGGAUGUGGAUCGCUGCAAUCUGGAGCGGCACUUAUCGGAUGUGGAGUUUGAAGCCAUCCUGCAGUGCAACCGGGCAGAGUUCUACCGUAUGCCCCAGUGGAGACGCAACGAGAUCAAGAGACGUGCUCGUUUGUUCUAGAUGGUAUAUUUUUUUAUUUCAUUAACACUAAAUAGUAGGUCCACAAAAAAAUCAAGCAACGUACUAUUAUUUUUUCCUUAAUUUAGUAGAUUCUUUACCAAGAAGUAAAAGGUAUAUUUUAUAUUUUAUACGAUUCGCGAAAGGCAUUGAUGUGAUUACGUCGUCGAAUGAGUAUACCUAAAGAUUUAAUGGAUAAAAGUCAUUUUCCUCCUUUCUUUCAUUGUUGAUCAUUUCUUUUUUAGUUUUACUUAUAUUUAUAUAACUACCUAUAUACAAUACCGAUUCAGCGGUUCAACAAGAUUUAUAUUGAUUAAAAAAAUACCUGAGGUGAGCGUAUUUCUAGCUUGUGCUUCAGAUGCUACUACUAUUAGGCUUUUAAGAGCAACGGAAUCCGUACAAUCGUUCGGACCCAUUGAAAACUUUAAAUCAACAGAUAACUACAGAGAAAUAAUGUAGAAAUAUAUUUUAAUUACUCUUGACCUAAUAGAUAUGCUAGGGCUGAUAAAAAUAUUAAGUAAUUGAAAACGCUAUUCGAAUUGUUCGGAAGAAGAAAAACUAAACUGCAUUUAAAGCUACUAUUGUGUGAGCGACUAAAUAAUAAUUAAUCAAGUGACUUUUAAUUAUGAUUUGGUUCAAUAUUUUUCCAUUGAUUUUAGUUUUAUCUAAUGAAAAUUGGUAGUCUGAAGGAAAUAUGAGAACAAGGAAUGCAAAAAGAGGGUUGAUUUAGUUUUUCCUCUGAUGCAUCUUCUUUUGAAAGAGCUUUAUUCAAAAUAAAAUGGGACUUCAAGAAAUUAAAAAAAAAACAUCGAAUUUAAUUUUGUUACUUCCCAUUUUUAUUCCUGCCGGAAAGCUCUACCUGAAGAAGGUAUAUAAGGAAAACGAAAAUCCAAUGGAAAAUAGUCAAAUAUGGAACACUUUGUAGAUACAAAUUGGCAAAAGAAAUGAGAAUUUAGCCUUAAAACAGAAGCAAAAACUAUUACGCUAAGUUUUAAUAUUGCAUCAAAAGAAAUUUUGAAGAUAUUUAUGGUAAUCGCUUAAUUUAUGACACACACAUACACACACUUGCAAACGCACUACACUAGUAAAGUUAACGCUGGGUGGCCCCGCUACUAUUUAAAAACAUUAAGAUUUACCUAUACCUACUAGCAAGUAAAAUUUCUUGUACCUAGGGGAAAAUUUCAAUUUAUUUAGUUCUGAGUCUUUCUGCGUUGCGAAAUUCUGGUUUUGGUUUAAAAUCCUUGCCGUUUUUCUAAACAUCACAUGGCCGCCCUGCGUGAAUUUUUUUUUUUUGUUUCGUUUCUUGAAAUGAAAACAAAAAUGAAAGCCGAAACAAAAUCAGUGCUUCUAACAAAAAUCAAAGCAAUGGUAGCUUCUUUCAACAUUUCGGUUGAAAUAUUCUAAAUAUGUAAGUUUUGAACGAUUACAAUCUUCAAAAAAAAAAGAGCACACCGCUUAAAGAGUAAUAAACGCGGAGAAACUUAUUCGAACAGAUGAAACAGCACUCGCCAUUCAAACCAACAGUGUAUCACGUCAAUGUUAAAAUAUAAUAUAACUAGAUAAAUCGUUGCUUUUAUGAUGAUACAACAUCAGAAUUUCGAUUUAAACGUAAAGGGAGAACAAGAACUUAAAAGCUGAUCGAAUAAUACUGCCAUGCAAAUGCAACCUACAACAACAACAUCAACAAAUCGCAGCAUCUGAAAAGAGUUGUAGAUAAAUACUGACAAACAUCACGUAAACACAAUUUUCUUUUUAAAUGAAGAAAAGAUGAAAAAUUAUAAAUCCUACCAUUGAAUGUUAAAUCAAAAACUGCAAAUUUUGUCAGAUUAAAAAAAACGUGACCAUUCAACAAAGCUAAGAAACUAAGCAAAUUCGAACGCAAAACAAACAACACAUAAGCCGAACCCAGAAGAUAUUUUUUUAUUCUUUCCAAACUAUGUAAUAGCAUUAGGAUGUAGAGGUGUUCGCCAUUUGCCUAAGAAAAAAAACAUAGAAAGAUAACCGAACCAGAGGGAAAGGUGGUCUGCUUACAUCGUCUGCUUUCAGCGGUAAAAGAGAGGGUAUUUCAACAACUAAAUCACACUACAUUCAAAAGUCGCGAAACAUUUGAGUACAACCUUCGAAAUGGAAAAGAAGAUCGCAUCACGUUUUUUCGAGGUUUUAAGAACUCCAAAUAGAAGUCUAACUGUAAUUUACUGAGUAGUAAGGUGAGGAGUUCAAUUU